AUGUCCUCGAAUGGGUCCUUCUCCUACCUUCCAGGGCAUGAAGACCCAUCCCCGGGGCAUGGUUUGCACAUCUCGCAUAGAGAAAGCAUCGUCGAUUUUCACGGCCAAUCGCCAGCGUCUACGGCAAGGAAAAGUUCAUCAAAGCAUCAAAACCCGGCAAACCAUGACGGCGAAGGUGACGACCAGCCCCAGAAGAAAAAGAAGAGAAGAGUGGCCUUGUCUUGCGCCGAGUGUGCCAAAAGAAAACAAAAGUGCAAUCGGGAGACUCCAUGCCAACAUUGCGUCGCCAGACGGGUCCCAGAGCUGUGUGUCCCAUACAGCAGAGCAGACUCUCCAUCAAAGGGCAACAAAGCCGGCGGUAGCAAGAAGGACAAGGACGGGCCCAAGGUGAAAACCGAAGAAGGCAGAGCUAUCGUGCCCGACAAGAUGAAGCCGUCGAUGCUCCCCACGAUCAGUGUUAGAGUCGGUAGACUAGAGGCGCUCGUCAAUGCCAUGGUCAAUAGGGUACCAGAGGUCAACGACACAAAGGCGUACAGUGACUGGAGAAUAAAUCAUCCACCUGCCGAUUCCCCACCAGUCCUCGGCGCUGAAUUCGACGACGAAGAAGAUGAGCAAGACGAAGAUGUUGAGGGGAGUCCACGGCCCGAAACAAGAGGCGGUGAUAUCGAGCGACCUGCAACCGCGUCGUCUGUCAGGUCCCGAAGAGACGAGCACUCUGCGGAGUGGGGAGCAAACAGUGAGGGCGAGGACGGGGGCGUGGGUGGCCUUGACAGGGCCACUUCCAGCAGGAAUCCUUUACCCCAGUCUAUGAUGCACUCCUCUCAACCGGUAUACAGAGGGCUGGACUAUCACGGAACACCGGGAGAACAACUCCAAAAGCUCUUUGGCGACUGUGGUGUUAGUCCUGAGAAGGUCUCUGACCUGAUGAAGGACCUGCCGGCCAAAGACUUUGCCGAUGCCCUUGUCGACUGGUUCUUCCAAAAAUUCAAUUUUGUACGAUAUCCUAUCGAUGAUCACGCGUUCCGUAAAGCUUUGGAAUCGGUCUACAACGACGACACAAGCCCCUCUGCUGUCCUCGCUCUUCCUCUGGUCUUCAUUGUACUUUCCAUCUCUAUGCGAAUCGCCCCCGAUGCCCUGAUAGAAUCGGAGGAGAAGAAAAGGUCUAUGAGUCUGAGGAUGUACUGGAGCUCCAAAUCAGCUGUCAUCAUUGCGUCCGCUGUGAAGGCUGAGAAUAUCCAGCUGGUCGAGACUCGGAUAUGUACCGGUCUUUACCUCGUGCUCAUGCACGAACGACGAUUGGCUGAAGGAUGGUCCGAGUUCCGCUCGGCGUUGACUACUGGCCAGGCAAUCGGUCUGCAUCGCGAUGGCAAAAGACUUGGUCUUGACCCCUAUGUCACCGAGUACAGGCGCAGACUUUGGUCUUACCUGGUCCAUGCGGACGCCACCUACUCUUGUCUGCUGGGAAGACCGACAUCCAUCGAUGAGGAGUCGGUGGACACUCUGCCGCCUUCGAAUACUGAUCUGCCCGACAUAUUGGAGAACAAGGCGAUCAAGCCCAAACCGUGGUCAGAACCGACUUACAGCACGUACCUGAUUCUCCGUCGCGGUUUGGGUAAGAUUGUUGCCAAGAUCACCAAGCAAUUCCAACACCUCCAAGGGCAAACGGGCUACAAAGAUGUAGAGGCUAUCGAUGCUGAGCUAAAGGAGCUUGUGGCAAACAUGCCACCUUCCUUUGCCAUGCACAACCCAGACAAAUCGUGGGACGACAAGCUGUGGUUCUUACCUAUCCACCGUUAUUAUAUCCAAACCGAGAUCCUACACUUCACAAUCAUACUCCACCGCCCUUGGUUACUGCGACGAUUACGGAGCUCUCGAUAUGUGUUGUCUAGAAACGCUUGCUUCGAAGCCGCUAUCACCGAUUAUAAAAUUCGACAAGCUUUCAAGAUUGACUGCCCUGACUUCUUUGAGACUCUGCUGGGAAGCUCCUUCCGAGAAUUUCGAUCAAGCCACACCAACGAUAUGCGCCAGAUCGUCCAGAGUUUCAUGGAACAUUAUCCUCAUGAUCCCAAGGCGGACGACUUCUCCCAGAAAGAGGCAGCCAUCAUCCAUACUCUGCACCAAAGGGCUGUCGAAAUGGAGGAACGCAGGCUUCGUCGAUACCAGCCCCGCCUUUCCACUGAUAACAUGUCAUACGAGCGUGGCUCUCCCCGUGAUCCCCGGCCGCCUAUGGCGCCACCUUUGGCACCGACGAGCAGCCACGACGGUGGUGAGAAUGGUCGGAGUGACCAGUCGAGAAAUGCGCCUCUGACUUCGCCUUCGGGCAGUGCUCAAGCACAUUUCAGAGGUAGUCCCUACGGGGCUGGAGUGGGUCCGACUCCCCCUGGUAUGGGAGGGAGCCCCGAGGAUGAUCACCCUCAGAGACUGUUGGACCACUGGCUCGUGACGAAUCAAUUCUUUGGUCCAGGGGCAGACUCUACUAUGAACCAGUACAACAUGAGUCUCUACCCCACUCCCGCAGGUGGAGGCGGCAUCCCGGUCGAUCCUGUGCUUCAAGACUCAUACGGAGGCCAGUCCUUCUCGCACAUGGAGCAAGUUGCAAGAUCCAUGCCGAUGCAGCCUCAGCCACAGUAUCCUCAGCAAGGCCAGUCGGGGUGGCUGGACCCGUCCUUAUUCUCUGCUACGCCUGUCGCGUCGCUGGAGGCCCCACCUGUCAUCAAUGGAAUGCCGCCUGGAUUCGGAGCAGUAGAAGGCAACAAUACCCAGUAUUGGAAUAUGCUUAUUGAUGGAAUCGUUGGUGGGCUUCCGACCUAUGACCCCAGCUUCCCUGCUGUCCAGUAA